GCAGAGAAGGUCCUGUUUUUCUGGAGGGGAGGGGGGUUCAGUGACAGAAGCUCUGAUCCUGAACUUUUUUUUUGUUUGUUUUGCAUAUCUCUCCCUUCUCGUCUCCUCUUGCAAACGGGCGGAUGUGCAAACAAGGGCCGUGGAUGUGGAGCUCAUUCCCGAGUGGAGAGGCUCAGGCCCCCGGGGGUGACUGCAGACUGGAGUGACGCCCUGCCUGCAUCCAGAUGUUUUAUGUUUCCCAUGUGAGCGCUCCGGAGAGGAGAAGGGAAGUCUGGAAGAAGUCCAUGGCAUCAGAUCCCCUGAAGAAGACUGUGAACUCCACUCCUUUCUGCAGAGUUUGGCCGCAUUUGUCAUUGUAGAAUGGAGGGCGGGAAAGUGAGGAUAGUCGUGCUGCUGGAGGUGUCUUUUCUCUGGAUUUCUGCGAUGGGUCUGCGCGGACUCUCUGCGUCUAACAACGUGACUGACCUCCUGGCCGCCCUAAAUAUGUCCCAGCACAGAAGUGGUGUGUCCAGACUGCAGAGUCCCAACAGUGUGAUGUACAAAAUCCGCUCCAGAGCCCCUUAUCUGACGCUCCCGCAAGAAUACUCCCACUUCCUGCAUUCCGCUUUUCAGGGUAACAUGGGGGUACAUUUUGUGGGGCGACAAGCAUCCGGAUCCAACGCCACAAUUUUGUCCCUCUCCUCCGCAUCCUCGCCCAUCCUCCAAAUCCUCUCCUCCACCGUCAGUAACACCCUGCGUAUAAACUACCAGGCUAACGGAACACCUCCGGUCAGCGUUCUCUAUCCCGCCACGAAUCCGCUCUCCCGGGGCGAAUGGGUGCACCUCGCUGUGAGCCUGGAGCCCGAUAAGGUGGUGUUUUUCGUAGACUGUCAGGAGGCGGCUGUUUUAUCCUUCAGAAAUGAAAGCCGGAUUAAGUUGGAAAUCCCUCAAGAUGUUAUCAUCGCUCUUGGCAGCACUCCAGGGAAAAAGGACAAUAAAUUCAAUGGUUAUGUGAAGACGGCUGAGUUAUCGCUGCAAGCUUUUGAAAGACGUCCAUGGAGCUGUGACAACAUUACAGAUGACCUCCCUGCCUCUCAGAACACAGACAUCCAUGGUCCUACUGUUCAGACUAACACCAGUCAAAAGCUUCAUCCCGAUUCUCCGUCCAGUAAACGUCAAACGAACCACCAGCUGCAGCAGCAAACCCACUAUUAUCCCAAGGACGUGCAGAGCGAUCAGCGGCAGAGAGGUGCCGUUCUGGGGCCUCCAGGAUCUCCUCAAGGGGCGAAAUCUGCAUCUGAGGAGCUGAUAAAUGACUGGCUGAGCAUGCUGGAGAAGAAGAUGGAAGAGAUGUAUCAAAGCUUGGACACGCUGAAAGCUCAGAAUUUAAAAUUGCAGACGCGCGUAAAAUAUCUGGAGGGAUGCGAGUGUGUGAGACGGGGGUGUGUGUGGGAAGGCCAGGAAGUGCAGGAGGGCCAGCGCUGGCACACUGACCUCGACACCAUAUGUUUGUGCUCAUCUGGAAAGGUCACGUGUGAGACUCGCACCAGGACAGGAGGAUGCGAGCCAGACUGCAGAGUUCAUAACGUGUCCUGCAACACUCUAGAUGGCUGUCAGACCUGUUCAUGUGAGAGUGGAAACAGAGUCUGCAGUCCUCCGCCCUGCCCUCCUCGUGACUGUACACCCAAAGAAACUGGACCUGGAGACUGCUGCCAGCAAUGCAGAGGUGACUGUAUACCCAAAGAAACUGGACCUGGAGACUGCUGCCAGCAAUGCAGAGGUGACUGUAUACCCAAAGAAACUGGACCUGGAGACUGCUGCCAGCAAUGCAGAGGUUGCACCCAUGCUGGUGUCAGGUAUGAUAACGGAGCCACGUGGAGGUCAGCAGAAAGUCAGUGUGAUGUCUGCUCCUGUUUGGAAGGCAGAGUUCACUGCGAAAGAGAGAAAUGCCACACUGCAUGUGAAUACCCUGUUACUCCUCCACCCGACAGCUGCUGUCCAGUUUGUCAUGGUGGGAGUUUUAUUUUUUUUGUGUGUGUUUUUACUGCACAUCUUAAUGGAUUGAGGAGACACAUGGUGUGUUUUUGUUUUGUAGACUGUGGUGUAAAUGGGUACAACUUCCCUAAUGGGGCGGUUGUUCCAACUGGAAAUCGCUGUCAGGACUGUAUAUGUCAUAAUGGAAAUGUGGUGUGCUCUGACAUUUCAUGUCCUGAAGUGUUUUGUCGCAACCCUGUUCAUCGUGCUGGAGAAUGUUGCCCCCGGUGUGAGCAGUGUGAAUAUGAGUCGGAGGUUUUUGCGGACGGACAGACGUUCUCAUCCAGGACGGAUCGUUGUCUUCACUGCCAGUGCUCUGCUGGUGAAGUGUUGUGUGAGCGGGCCUCAUGCCCGGCACCAGGGUGUGAAAACCCAGCUAAACAGAGUGGAGAGUGCUGUCCCACAUGCAAAGAUUGUGAGUAUGAACGGAGAGUGUACGCUGAUGGGCAAGUUUUUGCUCCAGUUGGGAGUGGACCCUGUCUGCAGUGCAGGUGUAAGGCUGGGAAUGUAAUUUGCCAUGAGGAGAAAUGCCAAGAAGUUCAGUGCGCCAAUCCUAUCAAAGACCCACGCCGCUGCUGUCCGUUCUGCAAAGCUUGUGUACUGGACGGGGUGGAAUAUGAAGAGGGCUCCAGCUGGAACCCUGACAGUCCAUGCUCUACCUGCACCUGUGUGAAUGGAGAGGUCUUGUGUGCUCACACGCAGUGCCCUCCUAUUCAUUGUCGGCAUCCGACCAAACUUACCGGCUCCUGCUGUGAAGUGUGUGAAAGCUGCACUUACAACCAUCGAAUCUACAACAAUGGUCAGAGGUUUACCACCCCUGAGCUGCCGUGUCACAUCUGCAUGUGUCUGUAUGGCACCGUUGAGUGCGAAAGACAAGCCUGUCCGUCCACCAACUGCUCCAACCCCUACACACCACCUGGAGAGUGCUGCCCUCAGUGUCCACACUGCUCUUUUGAAAACCGCGUCUUUGUGGAUGGAGAGGCUUUCCCAAAUCCUGUGAGUGUGUGUGAGGAGUGUAGAUGUGACAGUGGAAGGGUUGACUGCCACCAAGCGCAGUGCCCUCAUCCUCGCUGCAACGCUCCCCUGCCUGGGACGUGCUGUCAAAACAACUGUAAUGGGUGCAGCUAUGCUGGGAAAGAGUAUCCGAACGGAAAUGAGUUUCCUCAUCCCACUGACGCGUGCAGGACGUGCAGCUGCAUAAAUGGAAACGUCCAAUGUCUAAAGAGGAGGUGUCAACCGCUGCCAUGCUCCAACCAGAAUCUGAUACCUGGAGACUGCUGCCCCCAGUGUCCAGAACCCCCAGCGGACUGUGAGUUUGAACAAAGAUUCUUCAGACACAUGGAGCGAUUCUCUCACCCAAAUGACAACUGCAGGUCCUGUGGGUGCAACAACGGGACAGUUCAGUGUCAGCGUAAGCCCUGCCCCUCUGCCCCAUGCACCCACCCUAUCACACAAGAGUGCUGCCGGACCUGUGAAGGCUGUUUCCAUGAUGGGCGAGAGAGAACAAACGGGGAGACGUGGGAGGACUUCGCAGACCCGUGUUCUUUGUGUGUUUGUCGGGAGGGCUCUGUCCAGUGUGAGAGGAAACGCUGUCCACCCCUCAACUGUCAAAACCCCGUUCAGGGAGAAUGCUGCAUGUCCUGUGAGGGCUGCACUUUUCAGGGCAGAGAAUAUCUCGAUGGCACAGAGUUCAAUAAUGACAAUGACCCCUGUGGUGUGUGUUACUGCUAUGGAGGAAACGUCGUCUGCAGUAGAUUGCGCUGCAACUCUGACUGCACCCACCCAUACAAACCACCGGGGCAAUGCUGCGGAGAAUGCCAACGCUGCUUUUAUAACGGCGCCGUACUUGUCAGUGGACAGUCCAUUCCAGAUCCAGGAAACCCCUGUGCUGAAUGCAUUUGUCAGAGCGGCUCAGUGAGGUGCACGAAGAGGCCGUGUCUAAAUCCGCAAUGCUCACAUCCGGUGGUCGACGGGUGUGGAUGCCAAGUCUGUGACGGUUGUAAUUUUCAAGACACAAAUUACGCUGAUGGACAGGUCAUUUCAGGAGGGGAGGGGGGCUGCCAGGACUGCACAUGCUCCAGGGGGGAGGUUUCAUGUGUGCAGAGAAGAUGCCCGACUGUGUCAUGUCCACAUCCCUCUCUGGACGGCUGCCAGUGUGGAGAGUGUAGCGGGUGUAACUUUGACGGCCGCGACUGCUUCAACGGAGAGCGCUUCCAGCACCCAGACAACCGCUGUGAACUCUGCUCCUGCCUGAAUGGCGAUGUGGUGUGUGAUCGUGCGCCCUGUCCAAGCGUUGCCUGCAGGCAUCCAGUCACUCCUCCUGGAGAGUGCUGCCCUGUCUGCACAGGCAGGUGUCUGCAUCAGGGUGAAGAGCAUCCAUCAGGCUCCACCUUCACCUCACCCUCUGAUCCCUGUUCCACGUGUUCCUGCGUGAACGAGGUGGUGACCUGUCAGAGGAGACCUUGUCCGGUCCAGUGCUUCCACCCCGUCCCCUCAGACAGCUGCUGCCCCGACUGUGACUCCUGCCUCUACGAGGGGGUCAUUCACGCUCACGCUCACACGUUCACACCCUCGUACGACCUCUGCAGACGCUGCACUUGUGUCAGAGGCACAAUUUCCUGCGUGCCUCUCGCUUGUCCUCCAACGGCCUGCGCUAACCCCGUCGUAAGACAGGGACAGUGCUGUCCUGAAUGCUCAGAGUGUGUGCACAACGGGCAGAGGUUUAGUGAUGGUCAGUCAUGGACGGCAAGUUUGGACCGCUGCACCGUUUGCACCUGCCAGGCAGGUGAGGUGCGAUGCGCAUCUCCCGGGUGUCCCGAGUUGCCCUGUGUGCAUCAAGUCACCGAUCCGGGGUCCUGCUGUCCUCGCUGUCGAGGAUGUGUGUAUGGAGGUGAGGAGCACUCGGAGGGCAGCAGCUGGUUUGCAGACUCCACCCCCUGCAUGUCGUGUCAGUGCGUGGACGGCGUGACCACCUGCUCUGAAGUCCACUGUCUGUCCCCGUGCGUCAACUUCCUCAGCGUGCCCGGGGAGUGCUGCCCAGUGUGUGCUGAUUGCGUAUUUGAGGGCAGAGUGUACGGCCCGGGGGACAGUUUCCAUCCCGCCGGAGACCCCUGUCAGAUCUGCACGUGUGAGGUAAUGCCAGAUGGAAAGCAGCACCUAAAGUGUUACCGAAAGCAAUGUUCCAGUUUGGUCGACUGUCCCAAAAACUACAUCCUGUUCUCUGGACCAGACUCGUGCUGUCCCGUCUGUACACAGCCUCUUACUAACUGCACCAGCACAAUCAUUGGAAAUGAGGUGUUGGCAACAGACGACCCCUGUUUUACCUGUCAAUGCAAGGACCUGACAUGGACUUGCCUGCAGCAGAGCUGCCCUCCGCUGAGCUGCCCUCCUAAUGAGCAGUUCACACCUGAAGAUUCAUGUUGCCCCGUGUGUAAAGAAUGUGUCAUCGAGGGUCAGAACAGACGGGUAAAGAGCGGCGCCAGCUGGACAGACAGCUCUGAUGACUGUGUUACAUGCACUUGUAAUUUGGGCCAGAUUGAGUGCAGCAUUGAAGAGUGUUCACCUUUAGUUUGUCCAAACAACCAACAACAAGUGAAGAUUGCAGGCAGAUGCUGCUAUGAGUGUCAAGACUCCAUGGUGUCCUGUUCAUACCAGGGAGCCACAUAUCGCUCUUACCAACAGUGGGAGGUGGACGAAUGCACCAGCUGCACGUGUGUGUCUGGAGAUGUGCACUGUCGCACUGAACGCUGCCCUCCUCUCACAUGUGCUUCGGAUGAGAUGCCUGCAGUCGCUCCGGGUCUGUGUUGUCCUCAUUGCAUUCCUCGUCCGGCGACCUGCAUCACCUUUGGGGAUCCUCAUUACCGCACCUUCGACGGUCGCAUGUUCCACUUUCAAGGAACGUGCACUUACAUCCUGACGCAGGACUGUGAGUCUAGAGACUUCAGCAUUCAUGUCACUAAUGACGAUCGUGGACGAAAAGGUGUGUCCUGGACCAAAGAGGUGACGGUGUUUUUAGGAGACACUGCCGUCCAGCUCCUCCAGGACUGGGUUGUAAAGGUAAACGGUGAUGUUGUGACUUUGCCGUUCCUCAUGGAGCCUUACAUUUAUAUAGAGCGACAAACCCAAACUGUGUUACUCAACACCAACAUCGGACUGAAGGUGCUGUGGAGCCCCCGUUCACACCUGGAAGUGAGCGUGCCAGGCUCCUAUAAGGGCCACACAUGUGGUCUUUGUGGAAACUUCAACAACUAUCAUCACGAUGAUCUACAAAUGCCAGGAGGUCGACUCGCCUUAUUGGAGGCUGAGUUUGGAAAUAGCUGGAGGGUCUUGAACGGAGGCCAGACUGACGACUCCUGUCGUCCUGGAGUGGAUGUUAAUCCCUGUAACGGUGCUGGAUUCCAGACCAAGAAAGGUGCCAUCACCCGCUGCCAGGUAUUGAAGUCUGCCGUUUUCAAGCCCUGCCAUCACGUGGUUCCUCCUGAACCGUGGUUCGGGGCCUGCCGGUAUGACCUCUGUGCUUGUGGGGCCAACUCUGACGAGUGUCUGUGUGACACACUGGAGGCCUACGCCAGCCAGUGCAGAGCGGCUGGAGUCAUCCUGCAGUGGAGAAGCGCAUCGCUGUGUGCUGUUGGCUGUCCUCUGGAGAGGGGCUUUGUGUUUGAUGAAUGUGGACCUCCCUGUCCAGUUACCUGCUUCAACUAUGACGUACCACUCGGGGUCAUAGAGAGCCCCUGUUUCAAGCCCUGCGUCCCAGGCUGCCAGUGUCCCGCCGGUUUGAUUCUGCACAACAACUCCUGCAUCCAGCCAGAAAAGUGUCCCAAGAUUAUCCACGGCAGCCAUUUGUAAUUCCUCAGUUACAUCUGGCUUUUAUCUGUAUGCACAUUUACAUGGAUUUUGGUUACUGUACAUUCAGUUACUGUACAUUUAAAAAAACUUUACAUGGACCUUCAGGUUGUGGAUGAGAGCUGAAUAGAUGUAUGUAGCACUGAAAUAUUUAUACAAUACACAUUUUAGUUCCAUAAGUUUACUUUUAUUGUCAUUCCUACAUUUUUAACGCUUUUUAUUUUUUAUUGUCACAAUAUUUUUUUGAAGAUCAAAGCAGCUUCUGUUUAACAUGCAGGUUCAUAUAAGCAAAGUGCAAUAUGUCUGUGUGUGCAGCCAAAGACACUAUCUCAGGAAGUUCCAUUUUUUUCAUUUUUGCAAAUAAAUCCAAUCAUUUAUUGAGAUUA